AAUUUAAUUACAAUAUUGGUCUAGUCAAUAACUUUGUAUAAUUUUCAGAGCUUUAGGUAUCUACUGGAAAAAGUUGCAAUACAUUGUUUAUCAAUCAUGAUAAGACUUGCAAUAAUCUUCUUUCUACUCUUCAUUAUCGAAAGCGAAAGUUUUCAGUUUAAUCUUGAAGAGUUAAAUAAAUUAAGACAACUUUUCAAUGAUUCGGAUCGUCGUAUGGAAGAAGCAACUCGAGGUCAAAGGAAAAAUGCGGCAAUUGUCAUAGGCAAUGGAAGAGGGGGCAAAAGUACACUAAUUAAUUACAUAAUGGGAAAUGAAUUGGAAGCUAAUAGACCUCACACAUUUGAGAAUAUUAAGAUAACUAAAGCUAACAACAAUAUCAAAGGACCAGAAAUUGGUGCUGGAUCAUUGUCAACAACUACAAUUCCCACAAAAUGGAGCUCAACAAGGCCAGAAUUACAGAAUUUGGACAUCUGGGAUACUGCUGGAUUUGCGGACAAUAGAGGUGUAAUGCAAGAUUUCAACAAUUCCUUUCAUCUCUAUCAUUUGACAAGAAAAGUCGAAAAUCUAAAACUUAUUUUAGUUAUCAGUUUUAAUGAAAUUAUUAAUGACAAUGUUGAACAGAUUAUUAUCAAAUCCAAAAAUGGAUAUAUCCGAAGAUUCAAAACAAUUUGUACAGAAUAUAAUAAAGAAUAACAAUCGUUUAGCCUUCUUCAAGAAAGCACAACAAACUGGGAUUGUUACUUCUGAUAUCGAUGUUAAUAUUAUUCCAGCUAUUAAUAACUGCAAGAGAAUAAUCAAGUCAUGUCGCCAAGAUAUGGGCUUUACAUUUUCACCACAAUCA